GCCGACAGCCGACAGUCACGUGAUCGGGUAACCUUGCGCUCGCGUGCGUGUAUCGUUUUCAAAACUUUCAAACGUGCGUCGUGCGUCGUUCAAAACGACACACCAUUCCGACGGCUGGAGGUGUAAAAAGCGCGGGUUUUCGCAAAGUAAUAACCGAGGUGCUGUGUAAUUUUGUUCAAGAUCCGGCCCAUGUUCCGUAUAUACACGCUGGUCCAAAAGAAUCAAGAUCGCGUUGAAAUUCAAAAGCCUCGAAAGUUCUCGAAUGCCUUGUUGGAAUGUAGAUACAACCACGUGAAGAUAUAACCUUAUCCCCCAUUGUGUAUACCUGCCUACAUACCGAGAACCCUCCCCAUCGUGUACACGUUUCUCUGUAAACAUGGCAAAAAGAAGAGCCUUGAGUCGAAUGUCGAGACAAAACUCCAAUCGUAGAUCGAUUGACUCCAUCGGUUCCGGAUUUCUCAAUCCGGAUACAAGCAUCAUGGACGAAGAAGAAUCAUCUUGGUGGAACCACUUGCAUGAGACUCAACGCCGACAGUCCGGGAUAGACUACAGUAAAAAUGAAACAGCUGCACAAUUGAGUUCAAAUUCGCAGAUCGGCAUUUCCACCAGCCCUUGGCGCUGGACGAAAGAUCAGGUGAAUUAUGUGCAAGACUCUGAUGACCAGUCCAUUUCAGAACACUUAAAGGACAUGCGAUAUAAAACAGCUCAAACUGUUAAGUUAAAUAUGGAAUCCAGUAGAAUUCAAACUAAUAUAUUGCAAACCUCGACGUCUGAGUCGGAGAAAGAGUUUGAUUUGAGGAAGACGAAGGUUCAGCUAAAGUCAGCAAACAGUAGGAAGAGCAGCGGCAAUGCCUUUGCAAAUGCUUUGAAUGAUAUUGAUGAGAGAGCCAUUCCAUUCAAAUUACGGUUGAAACGAGCCUCUUAUUUUCAUAGCAAUUCAGACGGAGACGUCUCCCAAGCGAGGUUGCAGGAAAACGAAGAGGAUAGUACUUCGAGUUCAACUGGAGAUGUUUUGAAGCCGAAGCCAAGUAUUUCCAGAAAAAGGAGACAGGCGUAUAUAGAGAAGAGUACAGACGAUGAGAAUGCCUUUCAGAAUAUACUAGUAGAAAAUGAUGUUUUGAAUGGCAGCACCACGAGACGAUCAGCUAGACUUGAAAAGGAAUCCUCGAAGCAUCAAAAUAUUGAUGCGAGUAAAGAUCGUAUGGACGCAAGUAAUUCUGCUAUUUCCCCCAAGAAAAAUUCAUCCAAGUCACUAAGAAAGACAGAUGAUUUUUUCAACGUAAAACAAGCUUCGACAAUAAUGGAACAACGGAGUGAACGUGCGCAAAAAUCGCAGGAAAACGAAGAGGAUAGUAAUUUGAGUUCAACUGAGGACGUUUUGAAGUCGAAGCCAAGUAUUUCUGGAAAAAGGAGACAGGCGUACAUAGAAACGAGUACAGACGAUGAGAAUGCUUUUCAGAAUAUACUAAUGGAAAAUGAUGUUCUAAAUAGCAGCACCACGAGACGAUCAGCUAGACUUGAAAAGGAAUCCUCGAAGCAUCAAAAUAUUGAUGCGAGUAAAGAUCGUAUGGACGCAAGCAAUUCUGCUAUUUCCCCCAAGAAAAAUUUAUCCAAGUCACUAAGAAAGACAGAUGAUUUUUUCAACGUAAAACAAGCUUCGACAAUAAUGGAACAACGGAGUGAACGUGCGCAAAAAUCGCAGGAAAACGAAGAGGAUAGUAAUUUGAGUUCAACUGGGGAUGUUUUGAAGUCGAAGCCAAGUAUUUCUGAAAAAAGGAGACAGACGUAUAUAGAAAAGAGUACAGACGAUGAGAAUGCUUUUCAGAAUAUACUAAUGGAAAAUGAUGUUUUGAAUGACAGCCCCACGAGACGAUCAGUCAGACUUGAAAAGGAAUCCUCGAAGCAUCGAAACAUUGAUGCGAGUAAAGAUCAUACGGACGCAAGCAAUUUUGCUAUUUCCCUCAAGGAAAAUUCAUCCAAGUCACUGAGAAAGAUAGAUGAUUUUUUCGUAAAGCGAGUUUCGACAACAAUGGAACGGAGUGAACGCGCGCAAAAAUCGCAAGUCUUCGAUAGUGAGAAAAUGGAGACGAUUAAAACAGAGUUGGAGAAAAUAAAGAAUCGCGAGAUGGCCGCGAUGGAGAUAGACGCGACAAAUAGGAAGAAACCUGCAUUACAGGCGAUAAACGUGAAAUCUAUUAUGUCUAAACAAUUUGCGAAGAAAAAUCCUACGAAAGUAGUAGAUAAGGCUUUCCUAAUAAAUGGAAAAGUGUAUAAACCACCGAGACUUCCACGCCCGAAGCAUUGGGCCACGAAUCGUCUUUACAAGUUUCUGUGGAAUUGCAUGGAGCCAAAGUACAAAAUGAGAUCGAGAGUGAAGUCCGAGAAAUUCGUGCAAGAAUUAGCCAAUGUAGUCACUAUCAUUCAGCGCCGUAAGAAAUAUGAAAAUUAUAAGACUGAAUUGGGGGGUCUGAUGAAGGAAAUGGCUCACUUGAAUAUUAUCAAGACCCGUAAUGACUUUUAUCAUUUCUGUCAAGACUACAUGCCAUAUGAAUUUCGCAAUAAAGUCGUGCCUACGGCAAUGCCCGGCAAUAAAAGCAAUAUUCCCUACGAUCCAGAAAAGCUGCAUAUUCCUAUCCUGGAGGAGAGCGAAUGAGCAGUACCGUUCUUUAGCCUUUGUCGAAGUGGAAUUUCGUUGAAUUGUUUGCCUCGCAGAAUCCGCGUCUUCGGGAUCAGUCGUUUCCACUACUUCGGACGUAUUUACAUUUUGUUCUAUAUUUGCGUCGCCGCGUAAAUCAUCAGUUGUUAAUUUCAUGUAUAAUUGAUUUCGGGUAAUUGAUUCUGCUGCGAGAUUACUGUUUUCUGACAAUUUACUAUUUUUCGACGAUACAUUUUUCUCGAUGUUUGGUGACACUAUAAAAUUGUAAGAACUUUUUAUUGAAGUAUAUAAAAAUUAGAUACUAUUUUUUGCAAUAAUAUAAAACUAAUGAACUAUUUUCUUUUUUGUUUGCAUUUAUCAAAAUCAUUGACAAAUAUAAAAAUAAUUGUAUUCUAGAUGGAAUCGUAUAGAUGGAACUUGUAGAGAUUGAUAAACACUACUUUCCGUAUUUUUUCCUUUGCAUUUAUCAAAAAUAUGCUAUUAUAUUAUUACUAUACUAUUAUUAUGUACUAUAAGUUAUAUCAAUUAACAUCAUAUAAAUUUGUAUGUAGAGAUUAACUAAGUAUCUACAUUGGCAAAAUUGUAAAGUGUAACUAAUAGUGUAACUUUCUUGUCAUUUAUAUUCUCUUGAUUCUUUAUUGAUUUUCGAAAAUUUAGAUUUUUAUGUUAAAGCUCUAAACUUGAAUUUCUGGGAAUUGCAAUUCUUAGAAUUUUUGUUAAUUUCAUGUAUGGAAAUAGCGAUUGAGGGAUAUAUAAAAAACAUCUUUGUAUCAUUAAUAUACUUAAUAUAUAUUUUAUUAAAUAUAAUAUAUAUAUAUAUGUAUAUGUUUAUAAACAUUACUAUAUCGUACAUCAAUACAUACCUAUACAUCAA